AUGCAGGCCAUCAUUAAAGCUUCCCUUUUUGGUGUCCUUGUCCAUGCCGCCCCUGGUUGGCCUGGCCAUGGUCCAUCUCACCCACCAACUUGGGGUCCUGGUUCGGGACCGCCCGUUGGCUAUCCCCCAGGGGCAUCAGCCAGUCCUCCUGCCGGCUACCCAUCAAAUGGCUCAGGUGCCCCGUCUGUGAAGGUUAAGAACGGCACGAUAACUGGCGUGCACUCGUCAACAUACAACGAAGACUACUUCCUUGGUGUUCCCUUCGCUCAGCCUCCAGUUGGUGAGCUUCGCUUCCGCAAUCCAGAGUCCAUCAAUCAGACAUUCGACGGCACAUACGCAGCAACUUCAUAUGCGCCAUCAUGUGUGGGUUAUGGCGGCGACGACAUUGGCUAUCCCUUGUCCGAGGAUUGCCUCUACCUUAACGUCGUUCGUCCAUCUGGCUAUGAGAACCAAGAUCUCCCCGUCGGUGUUUGGAUCCAUGGUGGCGGCCUCACGAUGGGAGGUACCCAGGAUCGUCGAUACAACUUGUCCUUCAUUGUCGAGAAUUCGGUAAAGAUUGGCAAGCCUAUCAUCGGCGUCAGUAUAGCAUACAGACUGGCUGCCUGGGGUUUCCUCGCCUCGCAAGAGGUUAGUGGGUCUGGCAACACCAACAUUGGCCUACGUGACCAGCGACUAGCUCUUCACUGGCUCAAUGAGAACAUCGGUGCUUUCGGCGGCGAUCCUUCCAAAGUAACAAUUUGGGGCGAAUCUGCAGGAGCAGGCUCAGUGGGGUGGCAUUUGACGGCAUACAACGGACGUGACGAUGGCAUCUUCCGCGCUGGUAUCAUGGAGUCUGGUAAUCCUGUCAACUACAAUAGCUACCGGACGGUCCAACAAUAUCAGCCAAUCUACGACAGCAUUGUGAACGCAACAAACUGCUCUGCAGCCAUCGAUACUCUGAAUUGUCUACGUUCCGCUCCAUUCGCCACAUUAAACAACCUUUUUAACCUCACUGGCGGUGGUGGUUUCAACCCCAUCGUCGAUGGCGACUUCAUCCAGAAGUGGUCCAGCAUUCAGCUCGCCGAGGGCGAUUUUGUCAAGGUCCCGAUUAUCGAUGGCGCAAACACAGACGAAGGCACUGCAUUCGGACCACAAGGCGUGAACAACACCGCCGACUUCGUCAAUUUUGCUACCCGCAGCACUGCGCAGGUAACUCUCCCAUCUGCAUUCGUGCCAGAGCUUCUCGAGGCCUAUGCCGAUAUCUGUGAUAACUUCGUGCCACCACCAACCGAGCUGUCGUGCAAUUACACUUACUCCCUGCCGCAAGGCGCAGAUUAUCGUCGCAGUGCGGGAUACUUCGGCGAUGUAGUCAUGAUUGCCAAUCGCCGCGGCGCCGUCGAGACCUGGACCGCUAAUGGCGUUCCCGCCUACAGCUACCGCUUCAACACUCGCCCGGCAGGUCUGCCAUUCACUGUCGGUGUCACUCACUUUCAGGAAGUGGCCUUCGUGUUCAACAAUACCAACGGCCUCGGCUACGAUGCCCAGCACGGCACAAUCAACCCCUUCACCAACAAGACGAUCGAAUUCUACCAGCUAUCACAACUCAUGAGUUCAAGCUGGGCAUCUUUCAUUCACGAUCUCAACCCCAAUGGCUACACUGGUCGCCCCGCUAGUUCGCCGGAUUGGCCGCUCUACGAUAACAGCAAUCCGCAGAAUAUUGUUUUCGACGCUAAUGUCACUGAGCUUGUAUACGCUGAGCCCGACACCUUCAGGAAGGCUGGUAUCCAGUUCAUAUUGGAUCACGCUCUCGCCUACCACAGAUAG